AUGCUCGACGAUCUAUUUAAAUUGCUGCGCAGCCCACGCUGGGUCAACUCCCCCAUUGCAUGUCGCCUCGGUUUUGGCUCAGAGCUGUCCUAUGAAGAAGAUGUAUCAAUAAACGCACCAUCGAAUUGGACCAAGCUUUCUACGUCUGGCCGCCGUCCACCAGUACGCAGUGGGCACUCAUCUCUAGUUGUUGACGACAUGAUGUAUGUUUUUGGCGGCUACAAUGAUGGAAAUUGCCACAAUGAUAUUUACGCGUUUGACCUUGUGCGCCAUCACUGGUUACAAAUUGAAACAUCUAACGGCAUAUCUCCCGAUGGUCGAGCUUCACACGCCUGGUGCAUUUCUACCGACAAGACUUCAUUUUAUCUUUAUGGGGGAUCAGGGCCUCAUUGGGGGCAAACGAAUAUGGGGAAAUUGUUACAAUUUAAUAUUCGCGAAAAGAACUGGACGAUAGUUGAGACGGAGGGCAAGCAGCCACCACCAGGAUAUGGACAGAGUAUGUGUGCAAUUAACAACAGGUUGUAUCUUUUUGGUGGGACUUCUGGGCACGUCUACGUAAAUGAUCUCUACGUCUUUGACGAAGUUACCAAGAUUUGGAGAAAGGAGGAGACUAACGGUAAUCGCCCCAGUCCACGAUACAAGCAUCAAGUAGCUAUAGUUGGAAAUCGCAUGUACGUUGUCGGUGGGGGUCUUUAUGACCCUCCCAAGGGUCCUAUCGAUACCUACUAUCUUGAUGUGGACACGCUUGAAUGGCAUGAAGUAGAAUGCGGCGGUGACAUUCCGAAGUCUCGCAUUGCACACACAAUUUCACAGCUUUCAAGGGAUCCUUAUCGACUUUUAAUGUUUGGAGGACGCGAUGACACCGGCUCACGACAGAACGAACUGAGCGAGCUGAAUUUGCGCACGGGAGAAUGGCAGAUCCACUAUAACGACGAAGGUUUACAACCCGACGCCCGCGACUUUCAUACGACUGUAGUUUACAACGAUCACAUCUUCGUGUUUGGUGGGUCUAAUGGCGUGGAGAGAAACAAUGAUGUCUUCCGCUACACAAUGACAUACCAAGCGUCAACGCUAGUGAUCCUCUCUAUGCAGGCCCUACGUCGAAGCUUGAAAAAUAUAUCAGAAGAAAAACUGGCAUUACUGCCUUUUGAGCUAAAACUUGGUGUUAAGAACAUUAACAGUGAUGUUCAGAGCUCCUAUAAUCUGGAUUGGUACAUUUUGGAUGAUCAGAAGCAAGAUAAUGUGGCGAUAGUACAAUAG